AGUGGCGACGCAACAGAAGCUAGCUAACGGAAGUUAGCAGGUGGCUGAUAUCAAAGCGCAAUGGCUACCACGUAACCAGAUCAAAUAAACACUGUUCUGACUUCGGAAGAACUGCACGACUAUGGCAACCGGUGGCGGUGGUGGCAGCGGUUCUGCUUCAAACCAUGAGUCGAACUGUACUCAGAACGGAGCUUCGGUUGCGCUCUUCAACGUGCCGAGCGCCGCUCUUGGCCCGUCCGCCUCCUCGCCCGUGUUCGCCGUUCACCGGGAGGCCGGCGUGUACAAUUGGCAGGCGACGAAGAGCUCCCUGAAGGAGCGGUUCGCCUACCUCUUCAACAAUGAACUGCUUAGUGACGUCAGGUUUAUAGUGGGCAAGGGCAGGCAGGCGCAGAGGAUACCGGCCCAUAAGUUCGUCUUGGCUGCUGGCAGUGCCGUGUUUGAUGCUAUGUUCAACGGGGGGAUGGCGACCACCUCGACUGAGAUCGAGCUGCCCGACGCCGAACCAGCGGCUUUCCUCUCGUUGCUCAGGUUCCUGUAUUCAGAUGACGUUCACAUCAGUCCGGGGAGCGUGAUGGCCACUCUAAACACGGCUAAAAAAUACGCCGUCCCCGCUCUGGCGACGCACUGUGUGGAGUUUGUCAGCAAGCACCUUAAAGCAGAUAACGCAUUUAUGCUCCUCACGCAGGCGAGGUUGUUUGAUGACCCUCAGAUAGCAAGUCUCUGUUUGGACACCAUAGACAAAAACACUGCGGAGGCAGUCAAUGCUGAUGGCUUCACGGAUAUCGACCUCGACAUACUGUGCACAAUCCUGGAACGAGACACACUGAGCAUCAGGGAGAACCGGCUUUUGGGGGCUGUGGUACGUUGGGCUGAAGCCGAGUGUAGUAGACAACAGCUUCCGGCAACUUCAGAGAACAAACAAAGGGUACUUGGGAAAGCCCUUCCACUCAUUCGCUUCCCACUUAUGAGUGUUGAGAAGUUUCCCACAGCAAAUCCUAAACCACGACCCAACAACAUGGACAGGCCCCGCUGCUGCCUCCGCGGAGAAGAAUGCAGCAUUAAUAGAUUCCAGCAUGUGGAGAGUCGAUGGGGCUACAGCGGUACCAGUGACAGAAUCAGGUUCAACGUCAGUAGACGAAUAUCCAUAGUGGGUUUCGGUCUUUACGGCUCCAUCCAUGGACACACGGACUACCAGGUCAACAUACAGAUAAUGGAGAGCGACAAACACGUCACCGUUGGACAGAACGACACGGGUUUCAGCUGUGACGGCACGUCGAACACUUUCAGAGUUAUGUUCACCGAGCCUGUGGAAAUCCUACCUAACGUCAGCUAUACAGCAUGUGCCACUUUAAAGGGACCUGACUCCCACUACGGCACAAAGGGGUUGAAGAAGAUCACCAAGGAAUCGGCAACCGGGACUAAGACAACAUUUGUCUUUUUCAAAUCUCCCGGUAACAAUAACGGUACCUCAGUGGAAGACGGCCAGAUACCAGAGAUCAUCUACUACGCCUAGAUGGACGUCAUGUCACAGUUGUUUUGUUUUUCACGAACCCAGGGAUUGAACACUGAGUGGCAGCUCAUUUAUACACAAAAUGCACACGGACACAAGGAUUGUUACGAGCAGCAGUUAUUGGGAAAAAAAACAAUUUGUGUUGCAGUUGUAUCCAAUGUACAUAUGUGAAUAAUGAGACUAAAGUAAAAUAUCCUCCAACGGGCAAUAAAGAGUUGCUUGGAGGCAAACAAUGGAAUGUUUUCCCCCACAAGCUGCUAGUUCUCCCCAGUCAACCACCUGUUGUCAACAACGCUACAAUUUCAGUCUUUGAGGAAAGCCGUCUAAGCAUUUAUUCCAUAUUUCUUGAUAUCCUAACAUGUUAUGAAUCAUUGCAGUUUUACUAAACUAGUAACAAAUAGUCCUUCCAGCAUUUACACGUUGUAGUCUGGAGUGGGAAGAACAGUGAGGACAGAACUUGUACAUGAAACCUAACUCAUUGGUUGCCAUUGACAGAUGUCCAAUCUUUUCGGACCGGGAGGGGUGACAGUACUGCCAACGGCAGCCACUGAGUUAAGCAAUAAAUGCGCACAUGGCUUUCCAUAAUCUGUUGCUUAAUCGUUUACAUAAGGAUCCAGUAUUCUGCAAAUGUACUUAAAGUUGUUGUCAGUAUAUGUACAUCAUAAUUAAACGCAGUGUGUGUGAUGUAACGUUGACAUUGUUAGCUGCUGUAAUUCAUACAUGUUUGCUUGGCACUUUGUUGAAAUUAAAAGAUUUGGUUUUACAAACGUAA